GCUACGGUCAUUAAAGGGCUAGCGGAUGUUUGCAGCUGGCUCCUGCAUGGAGGCUGGGGCUGCUGGGAAUCGAAACUUAACUGAAGUCAGACACGAAGCCUCGACGGGUCUCUUCCUCCUCGGCUCGCUGUCUAUCAGCUCUCACCUGGAGAGAGUUUCUCCGUCUUUCAGGACACUAAAUGACACGCGUGUAAACUUUUCUUCAGGUUCAAUGAACUUCCUCUCUGCAUUAGGGAACCAGCAUGGAGCCUUCCAGACACAAACGCAAGGAGGAGAUAAGCAGAUCUCUGACAUUUAUACAGUCUUCUCUGGCUUAUCCAGAUCCUGAGGGCUACCAGGACUUCCUGACCCGGUUAGUGUGCAACCUGCUCGAAGAGGGCAACGCCUCGUUCAAAGACAGAGACUGGGAGCAGGCAGUGAGAGAGUUCACUGAAGGCUUAAAUGUCUCACACUAUGCCGCAGCGGAGGAGAUCCAGAUCCCUGAAGCUUUGCUGGAGAGCCUGUAUGUCAACCGGGCUGCUGCCUACCACAGCAUGGGUGAAUAUGAGCAAGGCGGGGAGGACUGCGACAGAGCUCUGAAAGUGUGUAAGGAAAGCCGCAGGGCGCUGUACAGGAAGGCACUUUGUUUGAAGGAGCUCGGGAAGUACAAGGAGGCCUACAACUGCACCACGGACUGUCUGCUCGUUACUCGUCUGGUAAAGGACAAACAAGUGAAUGAGCUCGCACAGGAGCUGGCCAUCCAUCUGGGACUCAAAAAUCGGAAACCAUACGUCGGCGCAAAGGAAGGAGGACUUAUCACGAGAGGUGUAACAAAUGGAAACAAGACUGAAGCCAUCAAGGUGUCUGGUGCUCCUGUUGGAAAUGGUAUUAAUCCUCUGAGUGGCCUUGCACCAGUCAGUUUUCCCAGCAUGCCUCAGUCCCCCAUUGCCUCCCCAGCUCCCAGCUGCCGCCAACCUGCUGUCUCCUCAAUACCUGACAUGGAGGACUCGGAGCUGAUGGGAGACGACUUGGACAGCCUGCUCGACUGCUUCCCCAACGAGCAAGACCCAACUGAGACCCCCACCAGGCCAGCAUUCUCAGUCCCCAGCAGGACCUCCAACUGCGAACGCACAGUUCCUUCUGUCCUGCCCGCCCCAACACCCCAGCUCCCCCCGGCCUUCUUCAGCUCGGCAAUCAGCAAGCUCAACUCCCUGGACUUCUUUUCAGGUGGUGGGUGCAACACCACAACUGGAACACUGGAUGCCCUUGAUGACCUCUUGAACCUUGGAAUUGGAGGUGCCACAGGUGCUCCAAACUUAGCACUGACCUCCUCGGCGCUGGAUACUCUGGAUGGCCUCGAUUCCCUGGAUGACCUCUUGGAUACGGCUCCAAGUGCUGCUGAUGGGAUUGAGUCCCUUGAUGAUUUGCUAGAUGAACUAGAGACCGUCUCUGAUCCAGGUGGUCAGAGCGGUGAAGUCCCUAAAAUUGGUGUGAAAGCUGUGGAGCCACUCGACUUUCUUGAUGUCCUGGAUUUGUUUCCCUCAGUGGAAGGUGUUGCUGCAACUUUGCCUGCAAUCUCCACCGGGAGAGCAGGCCUGGACACGCUCUCCGAUUUCAGCUCAACUGAUAUCACAGUCCCUCCCACUGCUGCAGCUCCAGUAAUACGAUCUCCAAAGAAUAACUACAAAGAGAAGAAUAACCAAGCGCCGGUUGCAGUCUCUAACCCGCUGUCCUCCACCCAUGAGUUCCUGCAGGCCUGCUCCGCUUGUUUUCCUCGUCAAGGUCAAGGGAUAUAUACAUUUGUUCACAAGCCAGACCUGGUCCACAGCUGUAAGCAAGACAUUCUGUUGUGUAGACGAAAGGCAGGUCAUCCUUCGGAGUGGACCAGAGUGCGACAGAUUCCCAACUGGAGUUUCUUCAGUGGGCCGUUUGUACUUUGCAGGGAGCUGCUGAAGUCCGGGGAUUUGGGCGUGUGUAAGUUCGGAGAGAAAUGCACGUUUGCCUACAACCAGCUAGAGAUCGACGUUUGGACAGAAGAGAGGAAGGGGACGCUGGACAGAAACCUACUCUUUGAAACGGGAGGUUUCAAACUGGACCCUGUAAACAACAUCAUCCGCCUCCUGCAUGAACACAAGGGCAUGUUCAUGUUCCUCUGUCAGGAAUGCUAUGACAGUAAACCUAGAAUCAUCAGUAAGCGCUGUAGAGACAAUCACACCAUCUGCUCUAACUUGGAUGCUCACCACACCUUCGAUGCCAAUAAGUGUUUGGCGUUUGUGAUGAAGACCCACAGCGUGAACUACAGAAAGGUCCGACCUCUUGGCGUCCUGUGCAACUUGGAUCUGUGCCGCCAAGCCAUCCGGUACGGCUGCCAGAGAGAGGACAGCUGCUAUUAUGCCCACUCAGUCAUAGAGCUCAAAACCUGGAGGGUGCAGCGAGACACAGGAAUCAGCCCCGAUGAGAUUGUGAAAGUAUCCACAAAGUGUUAUGACAAGCAGGAGCAAAACUCAAGCAAGCAGAAAGGAAAUAGAUUGUCUUCUGGAGAUGGCGGGAGCAAACCAAGAGGAGGAGUUGGGAAGAGUCUGAACAUGAAUAUGAAGUUUGUGUGUGCUCUCUGCUGGCGGGACCGUCUGAUCAGUGAACCAGACAAAGCCCUCAAGCACUGCAACGCAAAGGCCAAGCACACGUGGACUAAAGAGAGAUGGGUGCUGCUGGUCAAGUCCUUGGAGAGAAGUAAAUGGGUUCAGGUCCGACCGCUGCCACACGCCAAGAACUUCCCCGUGCAGUAUGAUAUAUGUACCCAGAUUUUGGAGAAAAGGAAAUGUAACUACUCUGGAAACUGCACCUUCGCCCACAGCCAAGAGGAGAAGGAGAUGUGGAUGUAUAUGAAGAAUAAUGACUUGCGGGAGAUGCAGCAGGUAUACGACAUGUGGCUGUCAUUGACCGUCCACAACCGCCAAGCAGAUGGAGCAGCGCUCAACCAGCCUGUCCCAGAAGAGAAAUAUAUCGUCAUGCCAACCGACUAUGCUGAACUAAUGAGUGGCUUCCACUGCCGUCUGUGUGGUAGGCACAGUAACAGUGAGCGGCAGUGGCAGCAGCACAUCUCCUCUGAGAAGCAUAAAGACCGAGUGUUCAGCUGUGAGGGGGAAGACGAAGCUCUGACGUGGAACUACCGUUUCCCCGGCCCGUGCUUUGAACUCUGCCACAAGUUUGAUGGCGGCUGUCCUGACGGUGUGAGCUGCGACUACGCCCACAGCUCAGAGGAGCUGCAGGAGUGGACCGAGAGACGGGACUUCCUGCGACAGAAGCUGGCCAAAGCCAGGGAGGACAAGCUCAUCAUGCCUGAUGAGUUUGACUUUGGGAAGUUCAACUUUCUACUUCAGGACUGAGUAGAUUUUUUUUGACUUUGGGAGCCAUUAACUGCCAAACUAGCAUUUCAGUUUAUGAAGAGGUUUCAAAUCUUGACCAAAAAUCAGCAGGUGAUCAAACUAGCAGUGUUCACAAUUUUACCUGCCAAAAAAGACGACUUGAAAUGAUACAUGAAGCACGUGUAUUUGCAUUCCAAAUCAUGCCAUAUACCGUUUACUUUAAAUAUUUGAAUUUCUUCUAAUUGAGCUACUUUUGCUCAGGUCUGUUCAACUAAAACAUCAGUAAAACAAAAAAAAAUUCUCUGUGCUGUGAAAGUGUUGGUGCCACUUUGAAAAACACAGCAGAUACAAACACACGCCACACACACACCAUUCAUCACAGAAUACUCAUAAAAGGGUCAUAUUUAACCAUACAUGUAGCCGUUUGUGUGCUCUGACAAGUGACAUUCACACAUUUAGUUAAAUAAUUUUGUUCUUUUUCCCUGUUUGUGUCCUGUUUGAGCAGGGAGUAUUACCAACAGUGCUUUCAUUCCACAGUUCGCUAAGAGAGACAAUGUUCAAGGCCUUAACUGUGCAUUAAAAUACUGCCCACAAAUGAUUUUUCUUAAGUCUUAAUAAAAAAAUGUCAUGUUCAUUUCUGAUUUGUACUCA